CCGGGACGGUAACUUUGUUAAGUGCCCUGUAGUCACCACAGGGGCGCCAGUCACCGGAUUUCUUAGGCACCAUGUGUAAUGGUGAUGCCCAUGGACUUUUGGACGGGCGGAUGAUUCCCAGUUCGAGCAUUUGCUCGAAUUCCGCCUUAGCAGCUUUGAGCUUGUCCGGGGCUAGUCGGCGAGGGCGGGCCGAAACAGGUGGGCCCUUAGUGCAAAUGUAAUGCAUGACGUUUGACGUCACAGGAGGCAAGUCGUUCAGGAUGCGAACGAGGUUAGGAUGCUUGUUGAAAAGUUCUAUAAAAGGUUGUGAAGCUUGAGGUAGGACACGAAUGGGAGUGAUAGCAGCCACGUUGGCGCUAGUCCCGAUAACACUGAGUUGUGUCCUAGAGUCGAUAAGCUUCUUCCUUUUAGCGUCGACGAUGAGGUCGAAGCGUUGCAGAAAGUCUAUGCCUAUGAUGGCGAAAGGCACAGCAGCGAUUAUGAAAGGCCAGCGAAAGGUUCGCCGGAGGCCUAAAUUGAGUGUUAGCAACUUUUCGCCGAAAGUUGCGAUUGGUGUGCCAUUGGCGGCACGCAGCUUGGUCGGCGAUGGUGAGACGACCUCAUCUGAGCUACGGGGUAUGACGCUAACUUCGGCACCAGUGUCGACUAGAAACUCGGUGCCGGAAGUUAAAUCCCUAACACGGAUGAGGCGACUUUGGUGUGGGCCGAUCGCGUCCGUCGCCGUUACGGACCGGCCGAGAAGUUUCCCUGCUUCUCGGCGAAGUUGCAAGGCUUGACACAUUUACGAGCUGCGGUACCAAAACGCUGGUGGUACCAACAGCUAGCCUGCCUGUUUCUAGACUUAGAACGUUUGCAGGGCGAUUUUGAUCGGCUAUGACGACGAGGGUUCAUAGUAAGCUGUUGCACCUGGCGACUAAGUGUCGCAACUUGUGUUUGGAGGGCUUCUAUAGUUGACUGUAAGCCAGUGAUAGAAGUGCCCUGGGACGCGACGGCAUUGAUCUUGCUGGCGUCGGGUUGUGGCUGUGAUCGUUCAAUAACUCGAUCCGCUAAAUCUGCUAGUUGAGUGAGCGAAACGGAGCUCACUGUAGCGAGAAUCGCUUGCGUGUUUUCCGGUAGCCGUUGUAGCCAUAGUUCGCGAAGUAACGUCUCAUCCAUGGUUGAAGAACCAAGGAGUUGCUGCAUCUCUCGUAGCAGGGUUGAGGGCAGUUUGUCGCCCAGUUUCAGAUCCCUGAAAAGCUGCUGCAGGCGAACUUUCUCAGAGGGCAUAACACGCUUAAUCGUGGCCUCCUUGAGAGCCUCAUAGCGGUUUUCGGUCUGAGAAAUGAUGACGUCACGAACCUGCAUUGAUAUCUCCUUGGGGAGAUAGGACAGGAGCUUGCAAUACUUCGCGUAGUCGGAAGUGAUUCUGUGGUUAUAAAACUCAGCCUCAAGAUGAGCGAACCACAAAACAGGAUCCAUGUCCCAAAAAGGUGGAACUGAGAGAGAUACAACGCUAAGCAUAGACUCUACCUUAGGUUCUACAGAAUCCAUGGCUU